AUUUUGUACUAUAAUGGAAGCUAGGCAUUCUGAAAUGUCUGUCAUUUAUAUGCCAAAAGGCAUGAAUAGGGCAUACAAGUGGAAUGAAGAGGUUGAAGAUGCAUAUAGAUUUCAAUUAGCAGGAUACAGAGAUGAGGUUGAAUAUAAGCAUUUCAAUGACAAUUUAUUUGUUGAAAGGUGGCCGGAUUCGGGAUUUGUAAAAAAGUUAAAGAGAAAAGAUGGAUUUUUUUAUUAUUAUAACAGAAAGCGAGAAUGUGAAGACAAAGAUGUUCAUAAGUGCAAAUUAUACAUAUAUUGA